CUCUCCCACCUGCCACCCACACUCACCAUGCCACAACCAUUGAGCUCCAAGGAUGCGGCCCUGUUCCGCCAGGUGGUCCGUCACUAUGAGAACAAGCAACAUAAGAAGGGCAUCAAGACCGCGGAACAAAUCCUGAAAAAGAACCCCAACCAUGGCGAUACCUUGGCGAUGAAGGCUUUGAUCAUGAGCAACAUGGGCCAGUUGGAGGAGGCUUUCGUGCUGGCCAAGGAGGCUCUGAAGAACGACAUGAAGUCGCAUAUCUGCUGGCACGUCUACGGCCUGCUGUACCGUGCGGAAAAGAACUACGAGGAGGCCAUCAAGGCGUACCGCUUUGCCCUGAGAAUCGAGCCCGAGUCGCAACCCAUCCAACGCGAUCUCGCGCUCCUUCAAAUGCAGAUGCGUGAUUACCAGGGUUACAUACAGAGCCGGACGACCAUGCUGCAGGCCCGCCCCGGCUUCCGGCAAAACUGGACGGCUUUGGCGAUCGCACACCACCUUUCCGGAGAUUUGGAAGAGGCCGAGAAGGUGCUCACGACAUACGAGGAGACGUUGAAGACCCCGCCGCCCACCUCUGAUAUGGAGCACUCCGAGGCUGUCCUGUACAAGAACACGAUCAUGGCUGAGGCUGGCAAGCUGGAGCAGGCAUUGGAGCACCUCGAGAAGGUUGGACGCAGAUGUGCCGAUGUGCAAGCUGUGCUGGAAAUGAAAGCGGACUACCUCUUGCGCCUGGACCGCAAGGCUGAGGCCGAGGCUGCUUACACUACUCUUCUCGAGCGGAAUCCGGAGAACUCGAUCUACUACGACGCCUUGAUCCGCGCCAAGGGUCUCUCCAAGGACGACCCCAAGGCACUGAAGGCUAUGUACGAUUCUUGGGUAGAGAAGUCACCCCGUGGUGACGCUGCCCGCCGUAUCCCUCUGGACUUCCUCGAAGGAGACGACUUCAAGCAGGCCGCCGAUGCUUAUCUGCAGCGCUCGCUCAAGAAGGGCGUCCCCUCUCUCUUUGCCAACAUCAAAGCCCUUUACACUAACGUGGCCAAGCGGGAUACCGUCCAGGAAUUGGUUGAGGGUUACGUCUCCACGCCUCAGUCCAACGGUUCGGCCGAGGGACAGGCUGACGCCGACAACACUGAGUUCCUUGCGUCUUCGCACUACUUCCUCGCUCAACACUACAACUUCCACCUCAGCCGGGACUUGUCCAAGGCGAUGGAGCACGUCGACAAGGCUAUUGAGCUGUCGCCCAAGGCUGUGGAAUACCAGAUGACCAAGGCGCGGAUAUGGAAGCACUACGGCAAUCUCGAGAAGGCUGCGGAGGAGAUGGAGAAGGCCCGUCUGUUGGACGAGAAGGACCGUUACAUCAACUCCAAGGCUGCCAAAUACCAGCUCCGCAACAACGACAACGAGAAGGGUCUCGACAACAUGAGCAAGUUCACCCGGAAUGAGACCGUUGGUGGUGCUCUGGGCGAUCUGCAUGAGAUGCAGGGUGUGUGGUACCUGACGGAGGAUGGCGAGGCCUACUUGCGCCAGAAGAAGCUUGGCCUUGCUCUCAAGCGCUUUCACGCCGUCUACAACAUCUUCGAUACCUGGCAAGAAGACCAGUUCGACUUCCACAGCUUCUCGCUGCGGAAGGGUAUGAUCCGCGCAUACGUGGACAUGGUCCGUUGGGAGGACCGCCUGCGCGAGCACCCCUUCUACACCCGUGUGGCGUUCUCGGCCAUCAAGUCAUACAUCCUCCUGCAUGACCAGCCGGAUCUGGCUCACGGACCCAUUGCUACCAACGGUGUUGGAGAAGAUGAGAACGAGCGCAAGAAGGCUCUCAAGAAGGCCAAGAAGGAGCAGCAGCGUCUGGAGAAGCUGGAGGCUGAGAAGCGCGAGGCGAGAAAGGCGGCCAGCACCGGGAAGAGCGCCGACGGGGAGGUCAAGAAGGAGGACCCUGAUCCGCUUGGCACCAAGCUGGUCUCGACCCAGGACCCGCUCCUGGAGGCGAUGAAGUUCCUGACUCCCUUGUUGGAGCUCAGCCCUAAGAGCAUCGAGGCUCAGACUCUCGGAUUCGAAGUGUAUCUCCGAAGAGGUAAAUACGCCCUCGCCCUCAAGUGCCUCACCGCCGCCCACUCCAUCGACGCCUCUAACCCCACUCUACACGUCCAACUUCUCCGACUCCGCAAAGCUCUCGAUGGCUUGUCCGAGCCCCUCCCUGCCCAGGUGGCCGAGGCCGUCAACGCCGAGUUCGAGACCUUGCUCCCGAAAUCCCAGAACCUGGAUGAGUGGAACGAGUCCUUCCUGUCCACCCACAAGGACAGCGUCCCUCACAUCCAGGCCGGCCUCACCAGCCGUCAGCUCCUGAAACCCGACACCAAGUCGCAAUGUGAACAAGAGCUCACCGCCACCCUCGACUCCGCCAACAUCACCAUCGAUACUGCCCUGGCCGGUCUAGAGCUGUUCAACGAGUGGGGAAGCGACCAGGCCGUUAAGACCGCCUACGCCGAGAAGGCCAGCGGCAAGUGGCCCGAGUCAUCAGUGUUCCGUCUGGAGUAAAUAGCUUGAUCUUAUUUGUCCCUCGGUGCAACGUAACAUGACCCGGCUAAAGCAACCGGGCUUGCGUCGAGUUUCUUCUGUCUUGGCCAUCUCUUGGACACUGGAUACCUAUUUUUUUCUGGUGCAGCCCGGAUAUAGCUAUAGCUGAGCGUAUUCUGAGUGUACGUGUGGUCCCGGGGGGAUGUGGCUGACGAGGAUACCUGGCCUUUGAUGAGGAUUGGGGAG